UUCACAAGGGUCUUUUUCGCUGCUGUCCACUUUUUACUUUCUUUCGCAUUUCAUUGACGCAUAAAUUGGCAUCGUUGCGAAAAUGUCGGGCUUAAAUUUAACAGUACGUGUGCAUCCUGUGGUGCUUUUCCAAGUCGUGGACGCUUAUGAGCGUCGCAAUGCAGACUCACAUCGUGUUAUUGGCACAUUACUUGGUUCCGUUGAUAAGGGCGUCGUUGAGGUCACAAAUUGUUUCUGUGUGCCACACAAAGAACACGACGAUCAAGUAGAGGCUGAGCUUAGUUAUGCAUUAGACUUGUAUGAUCUAAACCGCAAAGUUAAUCCCAAUGAAAAUGUAGUCGGUUGGUGGGCCACUGGCAAUGAAGUCACUAACCACAGCUCGGUAAUACAUGAAUAUUAUGCGCGAGAGUGUAACAAUCCAGUACAUUUGACAGUUGAUACAUCGUUACAAGGCGGUCGCAUGGGCUUGCGCGCUUAUGUUUGUAUACAACUGGGUGUACCCGGUGGCAAAACAGGUUGCAUGUUCACACCAAUACCCGUUGAAGUAACCUGCUACGAACCAGAAACUUUUGGUUUAAAACUUUUGCAGAAAACCGUUGGUGUAGCACCACCACAUCGCCCGAAAACUGUCUCACCCAUGCUGGACUUGGCACAAAUCUCUGAGGCAUCUAACAAAUUGCAGGGCUUACUUGAACUCAUUCUCAAGUAUGUAGAGGAUGUCAUUGCACAUAAGCAACCGCCAGAUAAUGCUGUGGGACGUCAGUUGCUCGACCUCAUAAAUUCCGUGCCACACAUGUCACAUGAACAAUUCACACAGAUGUUCAACGCCAACGUACGUGACUUGUUAAUGGUUAUUACAUUGUCACAACUGAUCAAAACACAAUUACAAUUGAACGAGAAAUUGACUUUCCUGCCAACAAAUUAAAUGUAAACAAAACAUCAAUUAAAAAAUAGUUUUAAAUUUGUAAUCACAUAAUUUUGGUCGCGGCAGGGAGUUGUAAAGGAAAGUAAGUGCGCGCAGAAAUAAAGCAAAGGUUUAACAAUGAUGGAACAUAGAAA